AUGGCCACCACAACCGCAAACCAGCCUUCCUUUCACGAACGCAUCCAAGAUUACUACGCUCAGAAAGACAAACACUACGACCCCAUCAUCAACGCAUUCAAAGACGCAAACACAGAAGCAGACUCAAACGAAGCUACCGUCCCGAUCCGCAGCAAAGACAAUAUGCCUGUCCACCCCAGCGAGGAAGUUGCCGAAGGCAAUCUAACCGAUCAAGUCGCAAAGGAGUCCUCCGACUCGACCGCCAGCACGCACGAGCUGCACCAGGAAGACACGGGCGCGACAUCUGGCGGAAAGGCCAGCGCCAUGGACCACAAGGCCAAUCCCAGCUCGGCCGCGGCAGCCAUGACGGAGAUGGUGCAGGACAAAGCGAAGGAGCUGGGUCCAGUGAUCGCGGAGAAUUUGGGGGAGCCUGAGAGUAAGGAGGCGUUGAAGGAUCGGGCUAAGGCGCUGAACAAGGAAGACGAUGCCUAG